AUGCGUCUCGGUUUUGUGCUUCUCAUCUACAUCGUAGGGAUGAGCGCAGCAUCAGUUUCAAGCAUAAUACAAUAUGAUCCGAUUCAAACAGACUUCAAUAUCACAGGCACAAUCAAAUGCCACAAUGCCCCUCAGUGGUGCUACACCGUCCAAUUGCUGGAAUUAGAUUCGACCUUGAAUGAUGUAAUUGGUAGCGUGUCGGGUUGCGAAAUCACAAACCCUUCUCAGGAUUUCCUUUUGGAAGAUUGGCAACUUUUUGACGGAGUUUUUGAUAAAUGCGAAUGCACACUUGCAAAGUUUCGAACGAUAGGAUUAAUUGAUCAUAUUCAAUUUAGCUUGAAAAAUUCAGGAAUAAAUAGACGCAACGUCACAUUAAAUUGA